AAAAUAUUGCCAACAACUGCUCUUCGUUGUCGACCAGCCUGCUAGAAAUAGCAGCCAAAUUUCUCUCAAGCUACACUCAACCAUUUUGGCUUGUUUUAGGGCUAAACACCAACAACUAUUAGCAAAGAUUAGUCUAUUACCACAUUAGCACAACAUCAUGAGCUGGGAGAAUCUGGAUACAUUAGUUUACUAUCUUCCAUACAAAAGAUUGUUAUAAAGAAAGACAACCAUGGUGAGUUUACACAAGUUAAAAGUUACCACUUAGCAUGCCCAAUGCCGAUUCAGCAUUUUUCGGCUGUCCAUCCUCAACUAAUUUGCAAAUGGCACAAGAGCAACAGUUUCAUUCUCCCCCGUCGACAUUCGUCUCAAUGGUUACAACAAUGGGCCAGACGAAGCAAUCUGCGCUCCAGGUUAAGAAAGAUUGGAAUUGUCUUGGGUGGAGUUCUAAUGUGUGGGUCAGCAGUUUACCUCGAGGUUAAGAUGUUAGAUGAAAACCUGCCCUCCUUCAAUAACGUCUCUAAUAUGGAUCGUAGAUCUGAAUCAAAAUUUUCUCAAAGUUUCUCACGUAUCGUUGACCUAAACACUGGCCCAGUAAAAGUAAAACCAAGAAGUGAUAAGCUAGCUGCUAUUCUACCCUGGCUUAUGUCGCAGACCAAUGACCACUGGAAUCUUCUGAAACUGGCACAGUCAGAGAGUCGCCUUGCUCGAAUUGUUGGAGUCAAGAGACUUGUUCAAAGGAGUUGGGAAGACUAUGAAUACCGAGAGAUACGGCAAGCAGCUGACUACCGAACUUUCAUUGGUCUUGCACGGUCAGAAAAUGCUGAUAUGCGGUUUUUCAGAAAGCCUCCUCAGAUUACCGAUACAAAGAAGGAACUGUUAACAGAAUUACGAGAAUUGCUAGCAAGUCUUCCGGUGACAGAAGAUCCAUGUGUUGGAUACUUCACUUCUGCAGGUCUUCAAAAAAAAGAAACUAGAGAUUUAGGGAGAUUGUUCUGGAAUCUAGAAAAUGCUGACAGUGUUGAAGAUUUGAAUAAAGAUAAUGCUGCUAACUCAGAGUUGAGCAUCUUAGAAAGUCUUCUGGAGGCCAUAUUGAGACAGUCAGUGAUUGGCAAUAACACAGUGGAAAUAGUACAGAAAGGUGGACUGGCUCUUUUACGAAGAUCUCUGUUGAGUUACCCAGGCAACGUCCAUCUGCAGCAACUCUGUGCCCGUAUUCUUGGUAACCUUGCCUUACUGCCAGAAACCCAUGAACGUAUUGUCCAAAGUGGGUGGGUGAGUAUCCUUGUGAAAUGGUUGAAAUCUGUGGAUAUAGAUGUUUGCCUCAACACAGCACGUGCCUUAGCCAACAUGGACAUUGACAGUGCCUCAGCCAUGUACCAUGAUGGUAUUUAUGUCCUCCAUCCUAUAUACAGAUCCAAGGAACCUAUAUAUGCAGAUGUUGUGUUUGUUCAUGGUUUACUUGGAGGUCCAUUUAAAACGUGGCGACAAGGAGGUUCUGACCAGAAAGAUAUUGCCGAACUGGAAGAGUCAAUAUCUCAAGGUCUCUAUACUCGAUGCUGGCCAAAGAGCUGGUUACCUCAAGAUUGCCCACAUAUUCGGGUUCUUACAGUCGAAUAUGAUACCUAUCUCAGUGAACUAUCAGCCAUAUGUCCAUUCGACAGGGAAAAACGGUCAUUAUUCGUUCGAGCCAAGCUAAUUCUUCAAAAGUUGCGCAAAGCUGGAAUUGGUGAGCGACCCAUUAUCUGGAUCGGACACUCUAUGGGGGGUCUUUUGAUAAAACAGAUGUUGCUACUGGAUGAACUGAUGGAGAGAAAAGUUGUGAAAAAUAGUAAGGGUAUUGUAUUUUAUAGUGUCCCACAUCGUGGUUCCACCUUAGCAACAUUAUGGAAACAAGCCUGGUUUUUGUUGUAUCCUUCUAUUGAGGUUAAAGAACUCGACCCAGAUUCUUUGUUUCUUAGAACACUUCAUAAGAACUUUCAGGAACUGAUCGUUUCAAGUGAAAUAAAAUGUGUUAGUUUUGGUGAGUUACAAAAGACACCUCUAGGCAUGCGCUUUCAAGCACUCAUUGUUCCUCCUCACUCAAGUGAUCCUGGAUUUGGAAUGUAUUAUGGAAUUGAAGCUAAUCAUGUAACUAUUUGCAAGCCAAUUGACCCCCAGUCCUUAUUAUAUGCUGUAACACUGAAGUGUGUGCAACAUUGGGCUAAUCAGAAAUUAGUAGAUAGUGUAAUGGAAGCAGGACUUUCAAUCGAAGACCAGCUGGUUGGAAUAUUCUGAGAUAUGCAUUCACGCACACUCUGGCACUCCAUCUGUUACGAUAACGGGGGUUCCAGUCAAAUCCGUUCAACAGAACAGCCUCCUCAUGAAAUUAACAUGCAAGUGGCUGAGCAUUCCACAGAUACGCGUACCCUUAACAUAGUUCUCAGGGAGAUUCAGCUUGACACAAAAUGUGACAAAGAUGGCCCUUUGAAUACACACACACACACAGACAAACACACGUGUGCACAUGCUUGUAUUAACAGUGUAAUAUUUGUAAUCAAUACUUUGAAAUUAAAGGUUACAAUGAACAUCUUGAUUGGAAAUUUCAGUGAGGAAACAUUCUUGUAAUUAUUUCUUUCAAAGUAAUAUUUAUAAAUAUAUACUUAUUCAUGUUAUUUAUAUAGAAUAAUGUUAACUGUUAUAUUAUUUCUGUCAUCAUCCCUAAAGCUUUGAGCAUAGAUGUGGAUGCCUAUUUUGUGUUUUGGAUGCUUCAACAACUAUUUCUGCUCAGCGCCAGAUGAUUACAUUCAACCUUUUGCAUAAUAUUGUUUGUGGAAGAAAUCUAACUGGAAUGUUUUUAUUUCUUUUUUUUCUUCUUUUUAUUUAUUUAUUUAUUCUUUUCUCUCUCUCUCUCUCUCUCUCUCUCUCUUUCUGUAUACACAUACAAACACACUCACACACACACAUACAUAUAUAUAUAUAUAUGUAUAUUGUUUUUGUUCUAGUUAAUUUAUUGUUUUACUUUAAUUUGACUAUGUCAAUGAAUGUGACCCACUAAAUGUGACAAGUUGGCUUAUGGUUAAAUUGAGGACAUACCAUGCUCUGCUCUUGGAUUGUUAUGGUGAAAGAACAGAAAAAAAACUUCAAAAAAUUAAAAGCAAUAAAUAAAUGAAGGAAUUCACACAUAAGAGAAGCAAUCAAUGUAAUGUUGAUUAAUGUUUGUCUUAACUAUUCUUAAUUAAAAAUAUCUGUUGUUGCUAACAAGAACAGCUUAAGAUCUGUAAUUUAAAUCAGUUUACAUUGUAUAAAGUUUCCUGAAAUGGAUAAAUUAUCAGC